AUGCCGGACUAUAUUCAAGUCAGUUACUUUGACUCCAAUAUUGGACAUGUCGUUGAUGGGGGACAUAAUACCCGUAAGGAAACUGAGAUGAGCACUCUUCAGGGUACCUCGGCAUGGGAGAGAGAGUAUCUGUCCUAAAGGACCGAUUCAUUCUACAGAUGGUAUUCAUGUCCAGCAGAGAACAGGUGGCUGUGAAAUGUUGGACAAUGGUGAACUGGCCCUUAUGCAGGUCAGAGACACUUUUAGUGGGAUUGAUGCAGGUGGAUUCUACGACAACAUGACUACUUUUUCAUACUACACUGGAAAACCAAGGAUUCUAUGGGAUGGAAUUUAA